GUCUAAUCAAAAAGUAUCGAGACUGAUACGAUUAAUCGUAAACCAGUUUGAGUAUGAACUUGCAUGUGCUAUAUUAAUCUAACUUUAUAUGUUGGGAAAAUAUAUUAGACAUAGAUUAGAUUAAAAUUGUUUCAGUCGGCUUCUAGGUGCGAUUAAGUCAAGUAUGUUUUUACGUCCCGUCGGAUUUCAUAAUGAGCGAAAAUACAGAACAACGAGUGUGCAUUAAAUUUUGCCAUAAACUGGGAAAAACGGCUACUGAAACCUACCAAAUGUUAUUGUUAGCUUAUGGAGAUGAAACCAUGUCCCGUGCUCGCGUUUUUGAAUGGUUUAAACGAUUUAAAGAGGGUAGAACAACUGUUGAAAGUGAUGAACGUGAAGGACGCCCAUCAACAAGCCGCAAUGAGGAAAUGAUACAAAAAAUACGAACAGCAAUACGAGUUCAAACCAUAUUGACGACUGAUUUAGACAUGAGAAGAGUUGCAGCCAAAUUUGUACCAAAACUGCUCUCAGGUGAGCAAAAAGAAAAUCGAAAACAGAUCGCCACUGAUUUGCUAGAGUGUUCCGAAUCUGAUGAUUUUUUUUUAAAAUCAAUUAUAACUGGUGACGAGACUUGGGUAUAUGGCUACGAUCCAGAAACAAAGGUACAAUCUUCGCAGUGGAAGACACCUGAUUCACCACGACCAAAAAAGCUCGUCAAGUUCGGAGUCAAGUGAAGGUCAUGUUGACCGUUUUUUUUUACUACCAAGGUGUUGUUCAUCAUGAGUAUGCUCCUAAAGGACAGACUAUAACAAAGGAGUACUACAUUGAUGUUCUUCGCCGUUUACGAGACGCUGUACGAAGAAAAAGACCCGAGUUUAAAGAGUCUGGUAGUUGGAAAUUGCAUCACGAUAAUGCACCAGCCCAUUCAGCCCAUGUUGUGCAGCAGUUUUUGGCUAAACAUGGUAUCCCAGUUGUUUCUCAACCCCCCUAUUCACCAGACCUAGCUCCAUGUGAUUUUUUUUUAUUCCCAAAAAUAAAAAUGGCGCUUAAGGGUAAACGUUUUCAAGAUGUAGAUGAAAUAAAACAAAAUGCGACGGAGCAGCUACGAGGAGUUUCUAAAAAUGACUUCCACAGGUGUUUUCAAAAAUGGCAGGAACGUUGGAGAACAUGUAUGGACUCAGAAGGAGCAUACUUUGAAGGAGAUUGAAUGUAAAUAACUUUAUCUAAUAUAUUU